GCUGGAGGGGAGGGGGGGCAGGAACAAAUUCUUGCUGCUCGCAGAAACUUGCAAAGUAACCGCCCACUUUUAGGCUACCGAAUUCACCAACUCAAGGAGAGAAAGCUGCAGACUGAUGUAGUCUGUUUAUGGGCAGAAGUGGUUCAGCUCCUGUCAGAAGUUCAGUGGAAGUGAAAUGAAAGACCAGCACCCACCUCUGAGAUGUUUCCAGGACUGCCACAGUCGAGAACUGUUUCAGGACGAUGGGUUACAUACGGUGACGUCAGCUGAGCAGAAGAGGGUAGAAGAAAGUAUUUCUGAAGUAAUCCAUGCCCACUUGAAGGACCACAGGAUGCCAAGGCCCAUAUUGCUGCGAGAACAACAUAUUAUUUAUUUGACGGACGGACUGCAGCAUCUCUCGGACUCCUAUGAGACUCUGGAUGCCAGUCGGCCCUGGCUCUGCUUCUGGCUCCUCCACAGCUUGGACCUCCUCCUCCAUCCUGUGGCUCCUGACCUUGCCUCGGAUGUGUGUAAGUUCAUCUCUAGAUGCCAGAGCCCAACUGGAGGCUUCGCAGGAGGUCCGGGCCAACAAGCCCACCUGGCUCCGACAUACGCGGCGGUCAACGCAUUGUGUGUUAUCGGAACACAGGAGGCUUACGACAUCAUCGACAGAGAGAAGUUGCUUGACUUCCUGUAUUCACUGAGGCAGAGGGACGGCUCCUUCCAGAUGCAUGUGGGUGGAGAGGUGGACGUCAGGAGUAUAUACUGUGCUGCAUCUGUGGCCUCCCUCACCAACAUAAUCACCCCCGACCUGUUUGAGGGCACCUGUGACUGGGUGGCCAGGUGCCAGAGCUGGGAGGGGGGCGUGGGGGGAGUGCCCGGGCUGGAGGCCCACGGUGGCUACACCUUCUGUGCGCUGGCCGCUCUGGUCAUCCUGAAAGGACAACAGCGGCUGAACAUCAGGGCACUGCUGCGCUGGGCCUGCAGCAGGCAGAUGCGGUUCGAGGGUGGUUUCCAGGGCCGCUGCAAUAAGCUGGUGGACGGCUGCUACUCCUUCUGGCAGGCAGGCAUCCUGCACCUCAUUCACCAGACACUGCUGCAGGCAGGUGACCCAGCUGUUAGUGUGGAGGGGUGGAUGUUUGAGCAGCGGGCUCUGCAGGAAUACCUUCUGUUCUGCUGCCAGUGUCUCGAUGGUGGCCUUCUGGACAAGCCGGGAAAGUUGCGGGAUUUCUACCACACGUCCUACUGCCUGAGUGGGUUGUCGAUGGCGCAGCACUUCAGCUGUGUGUCUCCUCCUCGAGAGCACAUCCUCGGUGGAGAGGGAAACAGACUGCAGGCUCGGACGCACCCCGUCUACAACGUCAACCCGGAGAAGGUGGCCAAAGCUCUCGCUCACUUCAGCACGCUGCCGCUGCACGAACGCCGACACUCCCACCGCCGCCAAGGCCCGGAUCUCUAAGGCCAUCUGGGAAAACUGCCGUUUCCUUGGGAAAGGCGGGGGGGGGGGGGGGGACCACACCCGUGCGGGGCUCAGGCCUGGAACCUCCAACGGACUUCUUGAGCCUUCACAUCUCCGUCAGCCUGAUUGUGUGGUUCCUGUGUGGGGUUUUGAACCAUUCAGCACUUUAGCCAGCCUCAUCAACCACCGAUGUGGAGAAAGCCUCGACCAGCUCACACACACACACACACACACUACACAUGACGCACAUUAGAUUUUCUUAGUCACUUUGGUGUGUCUCUCAGAUCAGAAUUGGAAAAAAACUGCUUGUGCAAACCACAUAAAAGCAAUUAUCAUUGCUUCAAACAAACAGCAAACGAUUUUAAUACGUCCGUGCAACUAAUUGUGUGGAAAUUUCUGCUGUUUUUUUUAAAUUUCCAAUUGCUAAUGUCAUGUUGGACAAAAUGCAGUAUACUGUGUCCAUGCUCAUCAAGUCAUGCCCCAUAAAACAUAACCCUCAUUUCCUGUUUGUCAAUACAUGCAAAAGUGUUGAUCUAGUUGUUUUAUGUGAAAGGAAAUAUGAAAUAUCUGGCUUAAUGGACAGGAACGUAUACAAAGAUCUAGCUUACAGUGGUGCACAGCUCUGUAAAUCUGUCAUUUCUCCUUUGCACAAUGCAGUAAACGCCUUUUUCUUUAUACUGUAACAAUGUCAACAAUUUGCACUAUGAACAGUACAGUAAAAACUUUGAAACUUA